GCAGAAAGCUUUGCGUGUCCCUAUAGCUAUUUGUAUUAGCAUCCAUUUGCCAUGGCGGUUAAGUCACUUUGGCUUGACUUAUUAAUCAAUUUGUGUGGCAGUCAAUCACGGAAGGUAGUGUCUUCAAGAGAUUUUAAGGAAGCUGCCUUGGUCUGGUUUUUAGCGCAGUUCAGCUUUGGACAGUAGAGGAACUCUGCCCGAAUCGACUUGCUGGCUAUUUCAGGCCGCAAUGGCGUUGUCGUUGAUAGCGUUGACUAUGGUGGUAACGCUGGUGGUAGUGGAAAUAGCGAGAAUAACCGCGGCCUUCGACAGGGUUGCAAGCCAGUGCCCAUAGAGUUCGUGAUGAGACAACGUUGCGUCUCCAACGAGGUCAGCCUAUUGCUAGCGACCAUUCCAACUUGGGCCGAUCGCGCUUGCUGUCGUGGCCAUAGGAUUUGUUUGUCCGAGCUCGUUAAAGUUUUCCGUCAAGAUACACCUUUACAUUACGAUAAUGGCGUGCAAGCGCUCUGUCCUGUUGGAAAUAUUCUUCAUUCUCACCAAAGUGCUGCUCGGAUCCCGAAGGAUAUGAGACCCAAAGGAUUGUGUUUGUUCUCUAUGAAGAAAUCAUCUAUUUAAAUGUGUCCGGCAACUCAUUCAUUCAGACAAACCACAUAUACCAGCCUCAGAUAAAAGAACAAACUCCUACCAUUGACCAAACUACUGUUUCGCUUAUUUCUACUGAUUCCGCCUUGUACCCGUAUUAUAUCGAAUCGCUGCAAAGAAACGCAAAAACCGAUAGCCAUUCUAAAUGAAUGCAGUUAGCCCAGAAUGGUUACAGAGGAUUCGUCGUUCGACAUCGCCACUGUCUUUACGCAAAUUUCGAAUAAAUUACCCGCUUAAAAGUGC